GAGAGGCACUGCGUACAAGGGUUGUGCCAUGAAUGUUGUGAGAACGUCGGAGGUUGUCAAAGUGGGGGUCAUCAAGGACGUCCCGUCGCCUACAUGCCUUGGUCAAGAAGUGAAAUUAUGAAUGAUAGAGUAAUCAAUCUGAGGUAAGUUGUUAAUAUGAAUGAUACAGUAGUCAAUCUAAGCCAGUGGUUCUUAACAUGGCUCCGAUCGAACCCCAGGGGUUCGGUGAGUCAGUCUCAGGGGUUCGGCAGAGGUCCAAAAAAAAAAAAUAAUAAAAAUAAAAAUCAUGUUUUAUUUUUCCUAUUAAGAAGGGUUCGGCGAAUGCGCCUAUGAAACUGGUGGGGUUCAGUACCUCCAAAAAGGUUGCCAGNAUCCACACCCCCCCCCCUUUUUUUUUUACACACAGUUGGUGAGAUUCAGCAGUGUCCUACUCAGUUUGGCAUCAGCCAUGUUUCUGAAGACAGAAUUGUAUGCAUCAUACUGUCAAUGUCAGGGUUUACCCCAUAACCUUCUGUCAGGGUUUGUCCCAUUGUUUACUCUCAGGGUAUGCCCCAUAGCUUUCUCCCUUUAAGCGUUAUGUCAUCCUAGCUCAUUCUUCUUCUUCUUCUAUAUCUUAAGGGCCCACGAUCAAUUUAUUGAUAAUUUCUCUCAUGGUAUACCCCAUAGCUUUCUGUACGGGUAUACCCCAUAGGCUUUAGUCAGGGUAUACCCUGUAGACUUCUAUCAGGCUAUACCCCAUAGCUUUCUCUCAGGGUAUACUCCUAAGCUUUCUCUCAUGGUAUACCCCAAAGCUUUCUCUCAGGGUAUACCCCAUAGGCUUUGGUCAGGGUAUACCCUGUAGACUUCCAUAGCCUUUUCUCAGGGUAUACCCCAUAGACUUCAGUCAGGGUAGCACCCGAUAGACUUCUGUCAGGGUAUGCACCGUAACCUGUAACCAUGGAUUUUGUAGCCACAAGGCUGUAUAUGUUUUUAGUUUUUACCGCUAUAUUCUGAGUUAUACAAUAUGAAGUUGGGAUUGAGUAUAAUACAUUUUUUAUCACGUGACUAUCCCAGUAAGGUUGUGUUAUUUUGUAUCUUCAGUCACAUGACAGUCACAUGGCGUUGACUGUCCCAGUAAGGUUGUGUUAUUUUGUAUCUUCAGUCACAUGACAGUCACAUGGCGUUGACUGUCCCAGUAAGGUUGUGUUAUUUUGUAUCUUCAGUCAUAUGACAGUCACAUGGCGUUGACUGUCCCAGUAAGGUUUUGUUAUUUUGUAUCUUCAGUCAUAUGCCAGUCACAUGGCGUUGACUGUCCCAGUAAGGUUGUGUUAUUUUGUAUCUUCAGUCACAUGACAGUCACAUGGCGUUGACUGUCCCAGUAAGGUCUUGUUAUUUUGUAUCUUCAGUCACAUGCCAGUCACAUGGCGUUGACUGUCCCAGUAAGGUUGUGUUAUUUUGUAUCUUCAGUCAUAUGACAGUCACAUGGAGUUGACUGUCCCAGUAAGGUCUUGUUAUUUUGUAUCUUCAGUCACAUGCCAGUCACAUGGCGUUGACUGUCCCAGUAAGGUUGUGUUAUUUUGUAUCUUCAGUCAUAUGACAGUCACAUGGAGUUGACUGUCCCAGUAAGGUCUUGUUAUUUUGUAUCUUCAGUCACAUGCCAGUCACAUGGCGUUGACUGUCCCAGUAAGGUUGUGUUAUUUUGUAUCUUCAGUCAUAUGACAGUCACAUGGAGUUGACUGUCCCAGUAAGGUCUUGUUAUUUUGUAUCUUCAGUCACAUGCCAGUCACAUGGCGUUGACUGUCCCAGUAAGGUUGUGGUAUUUUGUAUCUUCAGUCAUAUGACAGUCACAUGGAGUUGACUGUCCCAGUAAGGUCUUGUUAUUUUGUAUCUUCAGUCACAUGCCAGUCACAUGGCGUUGACUGUCCCUGUAAGGUUGUGUUAUUUUGUAUCUUCAGUCAUAUGACAGUCACAUGGAGUUGACUGUCCCAGUAAGGUCUUGUUAUUUUUGUAUCUUCAGUCACAUGACAGUCACAUGGCAUUGACUGUCCCAGUAAGGUCUUGUUAUUUUGUAUCUUCAGUCACAUGCCAGUCACAUGGCGUUGACUGUCCCAGGAAGGUCUUGUUAUUUUGUAUCUCUAGCCACAUGGCAUUGACUGUAACAGUAAGGUCUUGUUAUUUUGUAUCUCCAGCCACAUGCAGUUGUUUGAGUUGCCUCCUCGUCUUGGCUUCCAUUGUAUGGAUACGUGCAGCUUAGACCUCUCUCACAACUGUCUGUCAACUUUAGCUGAACACCUGGCACUCGUGCGGGGACUCAUUAACAUAAGUCUACAUCAUAACCUGUUGACCCACAUUCCUGUAAGUAUUUUACUCACCUGCAGAUCAGUUGUGUUCUUAAACAGUCAUCACAUUAUGAUGAAAAGUAUAAUCUACAUAUUUUAGAGAAACUCCAGGAGAAUAUUCCAGUGAAUUUCAGAUUAGACGAGGCCUGAGACAAGGAGACUCACUGUCUUGUCUGCUUUUUAACCUAACAUUAGAGAGAGUUAUUAGAAGCAUACAUAUUGACUGACACCUGAGGAACAAUAACAGGAUAAUUUCUGAGGGAAACCCAAGACCCACAACCAAUGGGCACUCUCUACAAUCAACCUUUUCAGUAUCUUGCAUAUGCUGAUGACAUAGCAUUGCUUGGGAAAAGUAUUAAAGACAUAUCGAUAUCCUUUAUUAAAAAAAAAUUUAAAUGCAUGACUGUGAUAAGAGAAGAGAAAAUAGAUGAAGCCAUAAAAUUAGAAACCAGACUUUUGAAAAAGUAAACCAAUUCAAAUAUCUAGGAUCUUUAUGAAAUGAAAGAAAUGAAUUACCAACAGAAAUAAAGAGAAUAUCAGCCGGAAACAGGGCAUACUUCAGUAGUCAGAAAAUACUCAAAAGUAAAAAGAUUACAAGAGAAACAAAGAAAACUAUUUAUAAAACUGUGAUCAGACCAGUUGUUAAAUAUGCAAGUGAAACUUGGGUUAGGGUUAGGGUUAGGUUGGACCCUAACAAAAACAGCAGAAAACCUAUUAAACACAUGGGAGAGGAAAAUUCUCAGGAAAAUAUAUGGACCAACAAAGGAUGAAGAUGGAUGGAGAAUACAAACCAACCAGGAAUUAUACAGUCUUUAUCAGGAUCCCAAGCUAGUAGCAGAAAUUAAAAAAAAGGGGGUGGGUCACUUAGAGAGAAUGCCAAAUGACAGAGGAGUGAAGAAGGGGCAUCACCAAAAGCCUAGAGGAAAUGCUUCAAAGGCUGACCUAAGCUUAGAUAGAUGGAUGAUGUGUAAAAAUAUCUACAACUGGGAAUCCAAACAUGGAAAAGAAAAGCAUUAGUUGGGUCUGAUUGGAAGGAAGUAGUGAGGCAGGCCUAAGCCCUACAUGGGCUGUAGUGCCUAAGGUAUAGAUGGAUGGAUGGAUGGAUGGAUUAUAGAGAAACCCAAUCAUAGUGUUAAAUGAAAUGUACGCAGACUGUUAUAACAAAACUUGUGUGGCCAAACUAACAUCUGGAGAAGUCAGGCCAAACUAACAUCUGGAGAAGGCUGGCAAAAUUAACAUCUGGAGAAGGCUGGCCAAACUAACAUCUGGAGAAGUCUGGCCAAACUAACUGGAGAAGUCUGGCCAAACUAACAUCUGGAGAAGUCUGGCCAAACUAACAUCUGGAGAAGUCUGGCCAAACUAACAUCUGGAGAAGUCUGAUGUCUCUUUCAUACCCAACAAUAAUGUAAAUCAAACUGUUUUUGUAUCACCUUUCAUGUAUUGACUUGUUUAUCCCAUUGUGAAUUGUUUAUCUAUUGCGACUUGUUUAUCUAUUGUGACUUGUUUAUCUAUUGUGAAUUGUUUAUCUAAUUGGACUUGUUUAUCUAUUGUGACUUGUUUAUCUAAUGGGACUUGUUUAUCUAUUGUGACUUGUUUAUCUAUUGUGAAUUGUUUAUCUAUUGCGACUUGUUUAUCUAAUGGGACUUGUUUAUCUAAUGGGACUUGUUUAUCUAAUGGGACUUGUUUAUCUAUUGUGACUUGUUUAUCUAUUGUGACUUGUUUAUCUAAUGGGACUUGUUUAUCUAUUGUGAAUUGUUUAUCUAUUGCGACUUGUUUAUCUAAUGGGACUUGUUUAUCUAUUGUAACUUGUUUAUCUAUUGUGAAUUGUUUAUCUAUUGUGACUUGUUUAUCUAAUGGGACUUGUUUAUCUAAUGGGACUUGUUUAUCUAAUGGGACUUGUUUAUCUAUUGUGACUUGUUUAUCUAUUGUGACUUGUUUAUCUAAUGGGACUUGUUUAUCUAUUGUGACUUGUUUAUCUAUUGUGAAUUGUUUAUCUAUUGCGACUUGUUUAUCUAAUGGGACUUGUUUAUCUAAUGGGACUUGUUUAUCUAAUGGGACUUGUUUAUCUAUUGUGACUUGUUUAUCUAUUGUGACUUGUUUAUCUAAUGGGACUUGUUUAUCUAUUGUAACUUGUUUAUCUAUUGUGAAUUGUUUAUCUAUUGUGACUUGUUUAUCUAAUGGGACUUGUUUAUCUGUUGCGACUUGUUUAUCUGUUGCAACUUGUUUAUCUGUUGCAACUUGUUUAUCUGUUGCAACUUGUUUAUCUGUUGCAACUUGUUUAUCUGUUGCGACUUGUUUAUCUGUUGCGACUUGUUUAUCUGUUGCGACUUGUUUAUCUAUUGCGACUUGUUUAUCUAUUCCGACUUAUUUAUCUAUUGCGACUUGUUCAUCUAUUGCGACUUGUUCAUCUAUUGUUGGUGUUGAUGAUUUUCAAGAACUUUUGCCCACAGCUGAUUGGUUGUUUUCUUCUUUUCUCCAGUUCUUCUUUUCAUCAUUUCACAGAUUAUCCUUUGUUGACCUCCGAUAUAAUCAGGUUACAGCAUUCCCAGGUAAGAUAAUCAGAUUACAGCCUUCCCAGGUAAAAACCACAUUUACAAUAAGUCACUUACAGCUCUAGGGGAAAUACAUGAUAUUAGCAUAUGCAGAGGAAAAGAUUCAUGAUACAGUAAUUUUUGACACUCAUUGCUGUUAGGUAAUUAUUAUAAUUUUUGUUGAAAAUAAUUAAGCAUGAUAUUUACUGUCAGUCUAUAAACCAACAUAUGGCUUGUGUCAUGGUGAGAUCAUGUUUUGAAACUGGCUUUUGACAUGGUGAGAUCAUGUUGUAAAACUGACUUAUGUCAUGGUGAGAUCAUGUUGUGAAACUGACUUAUGUCAUGGUGAGAUCAUGUUGUGAAACUGACUUAUGUCAUGGUGAGAUCAUGUUGUGAAACUGGCUUAUGUCAUGAGAUCAUGUUGUGAAACUGACUUAUGUCAUGGUGAGAUCAUGUUGUGAAACUGGCUUGUGUCAUUGUGAGAUUAUGUUGUGAAACUGAUUUAUGUCAUGGUGAGAUCAUGUUGUGAAACUGGCUUGUGUCAUGGUCAGAUCAUGCUGUGAAACUGACUUAUGUCAUGGUGAGAUCAUGUUGUGAAACUGGCUUAUGACAUGGUGAGAUCAUGUUGUGAAACUAGCUUAUGUCAAGGUGAGAUCAUGUUGUAAAACUGACUUAUGUCAUGGUGAGAUCAUUUUGUGAAACUGACUUAUGUCAUGGUGAGAUCAUGUCAUGAAACUGGCCUUAUUGUUGUUAGCUGACCAGCCCUAGAGGAAUUGACAAAUAUUCAUGACAAAUUUAAAACCGUAAUGGAAUUAUUCUUUUAAUGUUUUCAGAUGGUCUAGCAUAGGCUUGCAAUGUUAAAACUAUCUAGCAUAGGUUUGCAAUGUUAAAACUAUCUAGCAUAGGCUUGCAAUGUUAAAACUAUCUAGCAUAGGCUUGCAAUGUUAAAACUAUCUAGCAUAGGUUUAGAAAAUAUAAAUGAAAGGACUGCAUUCAAGUCUAGUAAAUGAAUGAAAUAGCAAAACAAGGUAUGUGGAAGCUUGAAUUAGAGAAACAGGACAAAAAGAUAAGGACGUUUCGGCAAAGAGCCCUCUUCAGCUAAUGGUAGAAAUGAAAAUGUCACAAAGAACAGAGCACAGUAAACAACUCAAGAAAUAUUUAUUUAUUUAUUUAUUUAGGCAUUUUUAUAUAGCGCUUACCUUAAAGCUCUAAGCGCUUUACAAUUAUUAAAAACAUGUAAACUAACUAAAAUAAAAAUGACACAUUAGGAUAGUAACUACUGUACUAUAGAAAUUAGAAACAAUUAAAAUGGCUAUAAAACGAGGACACUUUGGCACGUUUUGGCCUAUAUUACAGGAUUAACUCGAGACAGAAAAUGAGGCAGGGCAAGGAGGGUUCAUCACAGGUCAUAGGCGGACCUAAACAGAUGGGUUUUAAGGGACUUUUUGAAAAUGGACGAGGUUUCACAAUGACGGAAAUCGAAGGGGAGCUGGUUCCAGAACGUGGGCCCAUGGAAGUGGGAGCGUUCACCGAUGGUCUUAGUUUUAGUUCUUGGGAUUGAGAGGGUUCUAUUGUCAAUGGAAGAGCGUAGUUGUCUUGUUGACGCCGGAAGUGGGAACACAGGAAGCUAGAGAAUAUAAAUAUUGACACUGUGAAAAAUAAGGUCCACAAUAAUAAUGGACCAGAAUAUCUAGGGACACAUAAACACACAGCAAUAAGAAAAUAAAUGAAAUACAGGGAAACAGAGAAACAUCAGUAGGAAAUUAUUUGAUUAAUACCAUAUGGAGAUAUGAUGCCAAACAGCUGAAUAAAUGUAUUUUCCAUUUUAAUCCUAUCUGGUGUGUUACUGCAUGAAAUCAGUGCCUUAAUGGUUACAUCCAAUGCACCUUUAUGUUCUUUUCUGUUGAAAUGAGAAGAGACUGGGGAAGGUUUACAUUGCUCAAUAUCCCUUAAAUGUUCAGGAAACCUAUCAGCCAAUCUUCUCCCAGUUUCACCUAUGUAACUAGAUUGGCAUCUACGGCACACAAUCGCAUAUAUUACAUUACUGCUGACACAGGUGAAACCCUCUUUAAUGGUAAAGGUACCUUUAGGGAGGCCAAUGCUUUCAGUUUGGAGUGUAAAGGGACAAGUUCUGCAGCGGCCUCUUAAGCAUGGUUUAGUACCAACGUAAGAUGGUUCAGAUCGAAGGCGACUAUGAACCAGAAGGUCACCUAGAUUUCUGUCCCGUCUAAAGACAAUCAGUGGAGGGGAUCAGAAAACCCUGUUGGUAUCGAUCGGGGUCAGCAAGAAGUAUGCUGCGAUUUUUUAGGAAUAUUUUUUUGGCAGUUAAAUUGCGAGGGUGGUAGGUUAGUAUAAGUUUGUUGUUUUGACGAGUUUUGAAAGCAUCUUUUUGUGUGAGACAAGAGUAGUUUCAGGAUAGGAUCUGGAUCGGAAGAAAUCCAUAAUUUCAUCAGCUCUUUCUUGACAUUCUUCAUCAAUUUGGCAGAGACGCCGUAGUCUAAGAAGUUGUGAGACAGUUAUAGAGUCUUUGCAUGAUUUGGGGUGAGAGGAUGAGUACAAUAGGUAACUAUGGCUGUCAGUUGGUUUGUAGUAGGCAGAUGUAAUCCGUUCGUUCUCUUUCAAAGUUACGGUGAUAUCAAGGAAGUUGACAGAAUGUCCAGCAUAGGCUUGCAAUGUUAAUCAAGAAUAUAAAAAUAUCAUAAUGUUAAAUCCUCCAUUUAGUUUGCCUGCUUGAUCUGUCUCAGCUGCGCAGACUUUAUUUAGACCACAACCAACUCUGCCACCUUCCACAAGAUAUUGACAGAUUGAUUUCUUUACAGACCCUUAGUGUUGGGUAAGUCAAGGUUUCAGAUAUGAUCCAUUUAUCCACUCAUUGUUGGGUAAGUCAAGGUUUCAGAUAUGAUCCAUUUAUCCACUCAGUGUUGGGUAGGUCAAGGUAACUGACAUCACAGGCAAGACUGUUAGCAGAUGACACAGCAGUGUAUAGGACGAUCGCCAACAGAUCUGACCAGGACCAGCUACAACAGGAUCUCAAUCUGUUAGCUGAGUGGGAGAUGAGCUGGGACAUGGAAUUUCACCCUGCCAAGUGCCAGACACUAUCAGUCUCUAGAAGUUGUACUCCUCUACACUACCAAUACGAACUGCACGGCCAUAUACUUGAGCGUUUCCUCCGUAAAGCACCUGGGUGUUACCAUUCAAAGAGAGGUCCGCUGGGACGAGCAUAUUAACAAUGUAUGUAACCAAGCAAACAAGACCCUAGGGUUCUAAAGAUUGGCAACUCUUGUGUAAAAGAAAGAGCAUAUAAAGCCUUUAUCCGUCCGAUUUUAGAUUAUGUAUCUUCAGUCUGGGACCCAUUUACCCAGAGGAGCAUUGACAGGUUGGAGGCGGUCCAGCGACGAGCAGCACACUUUGUCCUAAACCGCUACAGGAAUACCUCUAAUAUUGGCAGCAUGCUAGAAACACUAGGCUGGUCACCAUUGGAGAAACGACGACGACAAUCCAGGCUCUCCAUGAUGUACAAGAUAAAUAAUGGGCUGGUCCACUGUUCCAGUAUUAAACAGAAACUCGUCCCUCUCCCCAUAGACAGCGACGAGGCCAUGACAGGCAAUUCAGGCUCAUACCAGCAAGAAGCCAGUAUAGGAGCUGCUCAUUCCUGCCCAAGACAAUCAGGGACUGGAACAAUCUUUCAAAAGGAACGGUUGAAGCGACAACACUAGACACAUUAUUGUCUAUUGCCUCAAGCAUUCAAACCCCUAGUGCAUGAUUUCCUCAUCAACACCAGUAACAGAAACAUUGCAAAUCCCAUCUACAUGCAUAGGAACCAAAAUGAUCAAUAAAUUGAUCGUGGGCCCUUAAGAUAUAGAAGAAGAAGAUAAUAAUAAUAAUAAAGUUAAUUUGAAAAUCACGCUUCAUCCCCAAAGGCUCAAAGCGCGGUACAGAGUCUAGUAUAUUAAAAGAGAAAUGAAACAAUCUAUAAUAUGCCACAUUGAAAUACAAAAUGCAACAUUGCAAAAACCUAUACGAGAAAAGCCAUUCUAAGUCUUUCAUACCUAACAACCAUAAACAACACAGGCCAAUACACAUCCACAAGAUAAUAGGUAGAUCAACAUCAUCCCAGCAGGUGUUUGCGAAAUAGAUAAGUCUUCAAAUCCAUUUUUUAAGACUCCAGUGUCUGGCUGUUUCUGAGAGCGACAGGAAGGGUGUUCCAAAUUGUUGGGCCAGCAAAUGCGAAAGUGCGCCCCUCGUCAGUCUCAAGGCAAACACGUGGUAUCGAGAGUUUGCCACUAUCAGAUGACCGGAGUUGUCUAGUGGGUACAUAAGGCGUCAGUAGCGCUUUGAGAUAGGACGGUGCUAGGUCACGCAAACAGCGGGAGCACAGGUUUGCAAUUUUGUACUCUAUGCGAGCGCAGACCGGCAGCCAAUGCAGCUCUCUCAGAAGUGUUUUAGCAUGGUCAAAUUUGCGUUUGCGAAGAACAAUGUGAGCCGCAUUAUUCUGUGCUAUUUGAAUUUUAUCUAGGAGCGUAGCUGGAAAACCCACCAUAAGAGCAUUGCAGUAGUUCAUGCUUGAUAGCACGAAUGCAGACAUCAGCCUCUUUGUUGCAUCUAACGUUAAGAAAGGUCUGAUAUGACUAAGUCUGCGCAGCUCUUGAAAAAUCGCCUUGCAAAGCUUGGUUAUGGGAUUUUCCAUAGUUAAUUUUCUGUCGAAAUAGACACCCAGGUUUCGCACUGAUUUAGCAAACUCAAUCUGUAUACCUGAGAGAGAUAUGAUACAUUUAUCCACUCAGUGUGCUCAAAGAUGUUACAUUUUCCCCCCUCAGUGUUGGAUCAGUGAAGUUUUCAAAGUUGUUACAUUUUCCCCCCUCAGUGUUGGGUCAGUGAAGUUUUCAAAGUUGUUACAUUUUCCCCAAAUGGCAAUUCUAAUUAUUUGAAAGUAUGACAAAAGAAAUUAAUUAUUUUUUUAUUAAAUCAAAUGUCUACUAAUGAGACUUAAUGUUAAAUGCCUACUAAUGGGACCCAAGGUUUAAUGUUUUAAUGUCUACUUGUUGUAUUUCAGAUAUAAUAAAAUCACAGAAAUCUGUGCCACUCUGUUCAAUAUCAUAGGACUUCAGGUUGGCAAUCAAUAAACUUAUUUCUAACAUCCCCUGUAAACAUUUUACUGGCAACCAUAAAAGUACUUAUUUUUGUCAUGUUUUGAUUUCGGAGGGAAGGUCAGAAAAAUAUUUUUAUGCUCCCUUCUAUUAGUAUCAUAUCAGUGUCAUAUUAGUGUCAUAUCAGUGUCAUAAAAACGUAGCAAAAUUUCACAGUUUAAAUUUUGAGCUUUUUUUUUUGUUAUAAUCUUCAUAACUUGACAAUUGUUCUCCACCAAAACAGACUUUGUGUUUCCGAGGUAACAGUGAACUGCGAUCUCUCCCUACAUCAGUGAGAAAUUUGAUUUGUCUACAAAAGUUAGACCUGAGCCACUGUAAUCUUCGUCAAAUUCCGACAACAAUCGGC